UAGAGAGUCGAUCUAUUGAUCACUGACUUCAGAGCAGAGACGGAGAGAGACACAAACACAAACAAAUGACCCUCAGCGGACUGAGAGGACUCAAACCGCAGCAGCACUGAUAUCUGUGUGUCUGUAACGUUACAGCUUAAAGUCGCUGGUAUCAGGCUGGAGUUGGUUUGUGCUUCUCAUGGGUGCAUCUGUGUGCCGGCACGGCCGCUCGCUCCUGUCCCGUCACAGCAGGCCUGGUCACAAGGGCUCUCUGAUGGGUGGGGAUGACUCUCUAGACGGUCUGGACAGACAGGAGGACAUCGCCCAGUUCCCAUAUGUGGAGUUCACAGGCCGAGAUAGCAUCACCUGUCCUACCUGCCAGGGGUCCGGACGCAUCCCAUCAGGGCAGAUGAAUGAGUUGGUUGCUCUGAUCCCCUACAGCGAUCAAAGGUUACAGCCAAGGAGAACGAAGUUAUAUGUGGUGCUGUCAGUGAUUUUGUGUCUACUGGCGUCUUUUUUGGUGGCGUUCUUCCUGUUUCCACGUCCUGUGCUGGUUGUUGAUGAUGGCAUUCGCUCUGUGACUGUGCAUUUUGACCGUAACAACAGCAAAGUGAUCAUCAACAUGACGAGCUCUCUGAACUUCACCAACUCUAAUUUCUUCACGAUGUGGGUGGACAGCGUGAGCUGCCAGGUGCUCUACAUGAAGACAGUCAUCGGAUCUCAACAGCUAGACAACAUCAUCCACAUUCAACCUCUCAGCCAGAGACAGGCCAACUUCACUGUCAGUAUGGAGAUUGGAGGAAGUCUCUCUUACGUUUAUGCCUUCUGCACCAUGGCAAGCAUCAAGGUCCACAACAUCGUGGUGUUUAUGCAGACCUCUGUGAAAACCUCCUACAUGGUGCGGGUGGCACAGAACACACUGGAAGCUUACCGCUACAUCGACUGUGGCGCCAACUCCACCAUCCACCAGCCCUCAGGACUGGUUUGGUCUAAACCUCACUUCCCUCAGAAUGGGAAACUGCUCAGGUGAAGCAUCGGCCGGCGGUCGCUUAUCAUCAUACGGUUUGAGUCUCCACGGCAGCUCAGUUUCAUCAAUUUUGACUCCAGAUUUUGUGCUGCACUGAAACUGAACCCAUUGAACAGAGCAGCUGUAAUGUAAGAUAUUGCUUGAAUUGUUUUCUCAGCACAGAUAAUGACGGUGUGAUAAAAAACAGAGCUCUCUGUUUAAAGUCUUUGCCAUCUCAAGAGCUGUAAUGUUAAUCUAUAGUCUAAUAAGGGUGUUAUAUAAUUUUGCAGUGAUUGAUAAAAAAGGAGAUUUAAUGAAUGGAUUGUCAAUGAUGAGGUGCACUUUAAAAUACUUUGUUUUGAUGUAUGAGCUGUUCUGUGAAAUAUUUGAUACAUUCUUGAUUAAGUCUCAUGCAAAUGUCUCUAAUUGUCUCUGCAAUGCAAAGUAAUUUCUCCGAUCGAUGGGUUUUGAAGUGACACAUUCAGCAAUAUCAGUCAACUCAAAUCCAUCCAUUAGUCACAAAGACUAAGUAUCAGAACAAAUGACAUGCAUAGACUAAAAUCAGCAUGCGUGUAUGUUCUCGUUGUGAAGUGAAAAGUGUUCAGACUGCAGUGUGAUACUGAGAAUGAGGGAACUGUUACAAAACAGUGGUUAGCUUCUGUGAUGCCAUGAAAACUGAGAUUGAGGACAUUAGAUGUACAAUAGCAGGAUGUUUUGUUCUCACUCAAACAUUAGGGCUUUCACCAAGUUUUUAGACCAACGUAUUAGACAGUGGACAACCAUGAGAAUCAAAUUACUGGUUUAGACUCUGAAAAAAAAGGUACAAAAGCUAUUCUUGGGUUGGUACCCUUUCAAAAGGUAUUAAUAUAGGGACUAAUAUGUACAUGUUUGGUGCGAAUAUAUAACUUUAAAGUACCAAUAUGCUUGUUUACAUGUAAAAGAGGUGCAAAGGUGUGCUUUUUGGAAAACAAAUACCACCGCAGUGACAGCUUUUGUACCUUUUUUUGUAGAUGUUUAAGAAGGGCAUUUGUUUCUACGUGAAGUUGCACAUUUGGAUAAUUUAUUGCUAUUUUUAUAUUUAAUCUCCUUGAGAUUUGAUUGUGUUUUUCAUUGUAUGAACUGAGAAAAAUAAGAUGGUAAUAAAAACGCUGAGUGGAGUUUUUGUUUUGAGUUUGCGAAGAAAAAUAAACUUUUUUUUGU